CAUUAGUGUAUUUUGGAAAAAAGAUUUAUUUGACACUUGUUCAGUAUUCUGGAUAUUAGAUUGAAAUAAAUUUUAAAUCCCUUUAAGUAGAAAGUGUUGUGGUCAUAUCAUAUAUCUGUAUUUUCCUGUUAGCAAUAAAAUAUUUUCCUGUUAGCAAUAAAAUAUUUUCCUGUUAGCAACAAAAUAUUUUCCUGUAUGCAAUUCCUAUAAGUAAUUGGUCACGUAGAAACACAGCGUAACAUUUUAAAGCAAAAGUUUUACGUAUUAAUUAAAUCAAAUCUUAUAUAUCAGAAAACACAUCUCAAUUCAUCCGUAAUUACAGGGAAUUUCUUGUCUACUGAAAAGAAAUUGCACAUAAAAAACACCAAUUAUAGCAUUUUAACAUUCACAUGCACGCCAUUAAAAUGCUUGAUCUAGUUGAUUACUUCUUAAGCGUUAGUAUAAAAGGAUAUUGAUCACUGCUAGGAACCUUGAACAAGUUAUUGAAGAAAAGAAAUUGCAAAGUUAGGAAAUGGAGGAAAAAGCUGAAAGUCAACCUAGUUACGCAGGCGCAACUUAUUCUCAACAACAUCAACAGGAACAACCAUUGCUACCGGUGCAAACACAGCAACCUUUCACCACAGUUGUAACAGUACAACAACCUUUUGUGCAACCGGUUCAUGUACCAAACUACGCUGUCUUAUCUUGGCUCGCUUGUUUCUUUUGUUGUUGGCCAAUUGGCAUUGUAGCUGUGGUUAAAUCCUUCCAGGUGAAUAAUGCUCUUGCAGUAAAUGAUAUUCCACGUGCCCAGAGAGCAUCCGAAGCAGCUAAGCAAUAUGCCAUUUCUGCUGUGAUAUUUGGCAUCGCUUGUAUAGUUGGUAGCAUUGUGCUACAGUUGUUCGUUUUGGGACCUAAAUAGUUUGUGCAUAAACUAUAAUAUGUUUACAAACUUGUUUUUGUCAAGAUUUUCAGUUUCUUAUAACAUUGACAUAUAAAUAUAUUAGUAGAUAAA